AUGCGUGACGUGGUGACUAACCGUGGCGGGGUGGCAGGCGACGGGGCCAGCGCGACGCGCGCGCCCGUCAAGACCUUCCAGGCGUACCUGCCGCCGGCGCACCGCACUUACAGCUGCAUACACUGCCGCGCGCAUCUCGCCAGCCAUGACGAGCUCAUAUCCAAGUCGUUCCAAGGCAGCCAGGGGCGUGCAUAUCUCUUCAAUUCUGUGGUAAACGUUGGGUGCGGGCCGGCAGAGGAGCGUGUGUUGCUGACGGGGCUUCACGCAGUUGCUGAUAUUUACUGCGAGUGCUGCAAAACCAUGCUCGGCUGGAAAUAUGAACACGCAUUCGAAUCGAGUCAAAAAUAUAAAGAGGGCAAGUUCAUAAUAGAACUGGCUCAUAUGGUGAAAGAGAACGGGUGGGACUAG